UAAUGAGGCAGCACAUACCCAAAUAAAAAAUUCUUCAAUGUUUUUCUUUCUUUUUAUUUUUUUCUUUUUUAAGAAUAAAAUUACAUUUUGCUUGUAACAAAUAUAAAAAUGUUGAUAAAAAAAUCAUAAUACGAGGAAAGAACAAGAAAAAGAAAACUAUACAAAGAAAAAGAAAACUAUAAAAAUCAUCAACAACAUGGGUGCGUUUGGGCGUGGGUGGCUAACCAAAAACAUUCCUUGUAGCUCUCAUGUCAGCCAGAUCUCUUCCUUGAUUCUAAUCACAUUCAAACCAUUUCGCUUUUCUUUCUUGCUCCAUCAUCUGUUUCAAGUGUUUUCUGUAGCUUUUUUUUUUUUUUGGUCCUUUGCCAGAUUAACUAAAUUUUAGCUUAUUGGAUUGGACCACUUUGUUCAUCUUUAAAGUCUGUUUAGCUGCAUUCUCUGCGUGGUUAAUUUUUACGGGCUAGCUUUAAGGAUCCGCAAGCAAUAAUUUUUACGCCUUUUAUCCCCUCUUUCUUGUUAAGAGUAUACUUUGGUUUGGAUUUGGAUUCAAAAACCCAUCUUGAACCUUCCUGAAUAGUAAAGUCCUUUCUCUUUCAUUUUGUGAGUUAAUUUUUUCCUAAUUUAAACCCAUCCCCACAUGGUUAAUCUCUCUAAUUUGGUACGUUUUCUGGUUAGUUUCUUUUGAAGCUGCUCUGUUUUGGGUUUUUGUUGACUUUUGUUGGUACUCUGUUUUUUGAUCCACUAAGAAGAGUUCUCUGCUACAGAAGAUUCUGUUUUUUGCUUUUUUGGUGAUACCAUUUUUGGCGAUCGAUUAAAGUUCGAAACUUGCUGAUUUGCUUGUAAGUUGAGAUGCAAUCGAGACUCUCAUUUCAGGGUUCGGUAGUAAAAAAGUAACUGCUCUUGAGGUUUUUUUUUUGGAGUGUUUCAAUUUGUGGAGUGUUUGGUUUUGCAAAUAUGCCCGGAGAAAAAGAUUGCCGGAAUUGCUGGUGAGGUUUAGAUUCAGGCGAAUUUGAUCGAUGGAGAACGGUAAAGAUGUUGCAGCUGUUGGAAAUAGGACGAAUCAAAGUAGGGCUUUGCCUAAGAGGCUGAUUCAGUUACUUUUGUUGUUUUUGGGGUUGUGCUUCAUUUUCUCGGUUGUGAGCGUAUACAUGAUUAGGCUUUAUGGGGCUAAGAGUAUAGUUGCCACCUUAAAUCCUAGUUUACAGGCUUGUGCUGGUGAGAAACCCUUUAGUUUAGAUCGUUGGAUUAAGCCCCCUUCCGAUUUGCUUCAUUCGAUGGCUGAUCAGGAGUUGUUUUGGAGGGCAACAAUGGCACCCCAAAUCAAGAAGUAUCCAUUUGACAGGGUUCCCAAGAUUGCCUUUAUGUUCUUGUCUAAGGGGCCAUUGCCAUUAGCACCUCUUUGGGAGAGAUUUUUCAAGGGCCACGAUGGGCUUUAUUCAAUAUAUGUUCAUUCAGUGCCCUCCUUUCAAGCAGAUUUUCCUAAGUCAUCUGUUUUCUAUGGCCGGCAAGUUCCCAGUCAGAUGACAGAAUGGGGCAAGAUGAGUAUCUGUGAUGCUGAGAAAAGACUUGUAGCAAAUGCAUUGCUUGAUAUCAACAAUGAGUGGUUUGUUCUGCUAUCCGAGUCAUGCAUACCGCUCUAUAAUUUCAGCGUCAUCUACCAUUACAUAAGCAAAUCAAGAUACAGCUUUGUUAGUGCAUUUGAUGAUCCUGGUCCAUUUGGGAGAGGUCGCUAUAAUUUGGGGAUGGCACCAGAAGUUAAUAUUACCCAGUGGCGAAAAGGUUCACAAUGGUUUGAAGUAAAUAGAAAGCUUGCUCUUUCUCUAGUUGCAGAUACCAAAUUUUAUGUAAAAUUUGAGGAGUUUUGUAGACCGGCAUGCUAUGUGGAUGAGCAUUAUUUCCCAACGAUGUUAACAAUUGAAGCAGGUGACCAACUGGCCAAUAGAAGCCUUACUUGGGUGGACUGGUCAAGAGGUGGAGCUCAUCCUGCAACUUUUGGAGCUGCAGAUAUUACUGAACAGUUCAUGAAGAGACUUAUUGAGGAUCAGACCUGUAUGUACAACAACCAGCCUUCUUCAAUCUGUAACCUUUUUGCAAGAAAAUUUGCCCCUAGCUCGCUGGAACCUCUAUUCUUGUUGGCACCGAAGUACUUGGGAUACUAAAAAAGGGCUUAGAGAUCCAUUUCUGAAUACAGUUAGAAGGUUAGAAGAUACGAAAUACGGUGGAAGAAGGGUUCAAGUUCGUGCAGGUCAAGCCAAAUUUUGUUGACUGUGCUUACAUGUAGGCUACAAGUAAGAUGAAGCUUUUCUUAUCACUUGCGCAUGUUUAGAACCCUUGUCACGACUAGAAGAGCUUAUUUAGAUGUAAAGAUGGUAUAUGAAGGUUGAUUCUAGUAUUUAUACAGGUUCAUAUUAAAGUUUAAAUGCAAUAAAUUUAGGUCUUUCUCUCUGUAGUUCUGUUUUUUUAUUUAUUUUAUUUUAUUUCUUUCCUAGACGAAGGUCAGUAAGGUUUUUGAAAUUUUUUCCCUUUACAUUGCAC